AUGGCUGCUGUAGGCCUUGCAAGCGACACUGGCUUUGUCUUGCAGACUGCGGGUAAUGCUGAGUACCUGCCUCCGCGAAAAGAGUUCUUGGCCGCUUUCGCGCAGGGCUGCGACAAGCUGGAUCCCAAUGAGAGCAACCCGAUCAUUUCAAUUGACGGAGAGACCAGGUCAAUCAAGCUGAAAGAGAACAAGGGUGUGAUCCUAGCAGUUGUGGAGAAGGUGGCCUGA